GCUGCUGCUGAUGCAGUCCUUGCUGCUGCUGCUGAUGCAGUCCUUGCUGCUGCUGCUGCUGCAGUCCUUGCUGCUGCUGCUGAUGCAGUCCUUGCUGCUGCUGCUGCUGCAGUCCUUGCUGCUGCUGCUGAUGCAGUCCUUGCUGCUGCUGCUGCUGCAGUCCUUGCUGCUGCUGCUGAUGCAGUCCUUGCUGCUGCUGCUGAUGCAGUCCUUGCUGCUGCUGGCCUCGUAGGCGCGGCUGCUGCUGCUGCUCUUGCUGCUGCUGCUCUUGCUGCUGCUGCUCUUGCUGCUGCAGCGGCAGCUCAACGUGCUGCAACAGCGAAGACACGACGCCUUGCGGACUCAUUAAGGGGCUUUAGCGCUCGUGAGGAAGCUCCGAGAGCUUCCACGGAUACACUCAGGAGGGAGAGAAGGAGGGAAGGAGGAAACGAGUCUCCGAAGAGGCCACAGUCAGAGGUUCCCUGA